AUGAAGGUUGAGGAUGCCAACAGUGAAGGUAUCCGUGGUUGGGGCUGUACACCCCCCGGGGAGCCUCCCCCGGCUGCUGUGACCACCUCCACCACUGUCACUACAUCACCACCCGGCUGUCUACCACCUGCCGUCACACGAGGAUGGAGACGGAACGCGCUGUACGGAAUCAUAGUGUUCCUCAUCAUACUCGUAUUUCUUAACAUCGCUUUGACGUUGUGGAUUAUAAGUACAUUGAAACUGAGCGCGAGAGGUAUAGGACCGAUCACUAUCAUCAGGGAGGGGAUCCGUCUGGAUGGACAGGCUUGGUUCCUCGACAACCUGAUCGCCUCCACGCUGUCCUCACAAGCGGGUCAACCGCUCACUCUACACUCAUAUCGCAAUUUCACUAUCUUAGUGUCCGAUGAGAAUCACAAGGAAGCAUCAAAACUAUUCUUGAAACGAGACAGCCUGGAGUGCAGUGGCCGUUCGUUCCACGUGAGGGACGCUCGCGGUGAGGAGGUGUUCCACGCGUCUCGUGAGGAGGUGCGGGUGUCCUCGGAGACUCUGUCCGUGACCGGCGCGGGCGGGCUGGCCGUGAGGGGAGCCCUACAGACACCGGCAGUACGAGCACCGCCCGCUGCAGACUUACAGUUGGAGUCACUGACGAGGCGGCUCGACCUGCGAGCCCCGCAGUCCAUCCACCUGGAGAGUAGAGCGGGGAGUAUCGACAUCACGUCACACAGCAACAUACAGCUAGACUCAGUGGUCGGAGCGAUUAAGAUCGACGCUCCAAACAUCAUAAUAAGCAAUCUAAAGGAAGCCAAAGUCGCAGACAGUCCCGCUAAGAACAUGAGGAAGAAGGUGUACCAGCUGUGUGCUUGUGGCUCGGGGAAGCUGUUCCUGGCGCCCUCGGACGGGAGGUGUAGUGUGGAGGAAGACGACCAAGAACUCUGUAGAUGA